AUGCCGAUCGGCAGACCUCGGGUCCCUGGAACAGAGGAAGAAAGGGCGGAGGCCCGUCGAGCAAAAGUCCGUGCCAAUGUGCAAGCAUUCAGGAGAAGGCAGAGGGAAAAGAAACUUACAGAAGCGGCCGCUCACCGGACAAAUCAGCCGUCCUCGAAGCAGCUGGAGCAGGCUGAAGCCAUUGGAGAAGAAGCGAUAGGGCCUACCACGUUCUCAUCCCUCGAGUCGAUCUCUCGAGAUCCUUUCGUGAGUUCCGAAGACACUGAGCCUUGGCUUUGGGCCAUUUCCCUGGAAUUCGGCGCCAGAUUGAUUGGAAUGACUUAUCGAGACGCCCUCACCACGGUUCUCCAAGACAAAUAUCUCCCGUCGCAGACCAAUUUGGAACGGAUACAGUACGAGCCCAAGAGAAAAUUCUCCAUAUGUUGUUCCACAUGGGUAACGUCGGCAACAUUGGAUAUGGGAAGGCCAGAAACCAAAGUAUUGAUGGAGGCUCUUAUUGCCGCUUCGUUGGCAAUCAUCGGAAGAGAUCGAAAGAAUGAAGACAUGACUCUGCAUGCAGCAUAUGUCCAGACCCGUGCGUUACAGAAACUGCGGUUUGCGUUGACACGAUUUUCGGAAGGUGAUCGAAGCAUAUGUCCAACCAUGCUAUCGCUGACGGCACUCACAUGCGCCAUGUCGGAGCUCAUUGCCAACCAGUCGUGGGACAAUUUCAACCGCCAUCUCUCAGGAGUGGGAGCGCUGAUCUUCCAUGGGGGCCUACACGGCCUGAGCACGCAAUCUGCUCAGGAACACUUUUACGGCUAUCGUGCUAUGCAGGCGCCGUUCCUCUUCAUGAACCGACAGAGCGCAUUCUUAUCGAGUCCCGAAUGGGUUGAAUUCCCCUGGAAGAAGGACCUGGACCUCGCACAACAUCCUUUGCACACCAUGCUCGAUAUCGCUCUCAAGAUCCUGCCAGAAAUAGUCAAGCAAGAUAUGCCUAAGAGGUGGAAACUGUCAUGUCUCCAGGAGCGUCUUCAACGAGCAAGGGCUGUGCUUGAUGAGUUGCAUGAGUGGGAGCGUAAGCUGCGCUCACAACAUUCUGGUGUCUUGUACACAAAGAGGUCUGCGAUCUGGGAUGGUCUUCAUGAUUAUUGUCUCGAAUUUCCCCUUCCGUCGACAGGCGUAGCGUUCAGCAUGUACACAGCUGUACGGAUACAUGUGGCAGCGCUGAUAGCCGCGGUCUCUGACGACAUCCUUGUCCAUGAACCAACAGCCGAAGUAUAUGCCGAGUUGGCUGUGGUAGAGGCACUGCGUUGGUCAAGGCUUGCGUGCCAAUGCCUCGAAUAUUUCCACACAGGCAGACUCAAAGUUGCUGGACGGAUUGUAAGUCUUUGGCCGCUGGAGACCGCAUGGGAGUUCUUCGUACGGGCCCAAGCAGAAAGGUCCAUGAACCUGUCGAAAGAAGCGGCUUGGUGUCGAUCCACGGCCGAAAGGCUUUCGAAUAUGGGUAUACCUCCUCUUCAGUGGAGAUGA